UAGGUAGUGUUUUUAUGCAAUGGGAUUAAUGCGUCACAUAAAGAAAUGCCCACGCGUUUGUAUUCUUUAUCAUAAAAGGCGUUUGAAUUCUCAUUUCCUGAUGAAUAGUCGUUUCUUUGAAGUCAUUAUUACCUGAGCUCCGUAUGUCGCUGUUUGCGUAGGAUUGCCCAUCAAUAUACAUUGGCUGUGGUCACAUUAUGUUUUUUUGCAUUUACUGUUAUAUUUUCCUCAUUUCCAUAUGUGGUUGAAUUCAGUAGAUUCUUACUACAACUUAAUUUGCAAUCUGCUUUAAUCUUAUCUUUGGUUCUUCGUGUAGGUUUACUACAUCACAUCCAUCAUUUCGGGGCACUGACUCUGUUACGUCAGUAGCCAAGUCAGUCUGCUCCGAAAUACCGUGCCACUUCAGUUUGGCUCACCUAAUGUGUUUGGAAUAGCUUUUUGUAGAUAGGCCUGAAAGUGCUCGUAAUGUAGGAAAUGAUGGGAGUGUUCCGAUAAGUGAGCCAGUUAUGUGUGCUUCGCGCGGCUUCCCGUUCGAGGAGGAGGAGAGCGGCGGCGCGUGGAGCUCCCUCGCGGCGCGGCACCCGGACCUUGCCGCGCGCCUGCGCCCCGGCACGUGGGCCCGCAAACGACGCCCCAGCGCGCACGACGCUGACGAUUUCGGCGACGACGACUUCGCCGGCUUCGACAGAUUCCCCUUCGACGACAUCCCGGCGGAGUUCCGCAGCCACUUCCCCUCGCACCUGCGCGGGCGGUUCACACAGGAGCCCGCGCCGCCCCCCGGCAACGCGCCCGGCCCCAGCGCGCAGCCCGAGCCGCAGCCGCAGCCCCCGCACCAGCCGCAGACAGAGCCCGAGCCCCCGCUAUCGCAGCACGGGCUGAGGAACACCGUGGACCUCGGCCAGCGCAGCGAGCCCGCCGCCGAGCGCGCGCCCCGCGCCAUGUCCGCGCCGCCCGACGCCGCGCCCGCGCCCCCCGCGCACCCCACGCCGCCGCACGAGCCCUCCAACGUGCGCCACAUCCCCAUCUUCGUGGAGGGGCGCGACGAGCCCGUCAUCAACAAGCAGCCGGCGGAGGCGCGCCGCACGCCGCCGCCGCACGUCGACCGCGACCAGUACUUCGCGGAUGACGGGCCGGCCACCUUCCACCACCCGCCCAACUUCUCGCGCGCGUUCGGCACGCCCUUCAACAAGGGCUUCCGGCCCGGCCCGCAGCCCUUCACGCAGCAGAAGGCGUACCCGCAGCAGUUCGCGCGCGCCGCCUCGCCCCAGCGCGACCAAGACGGCUACGUCAAGGUGCCCGUGCACCACGAGCCGCCGCCGCGCCCGCACACGCCGCAGCAGAAGCCGCAGCCGCCGCCGCAGCACAAGCCCGCGCCCGCACCCGCCGCGCCCCCCGCGCCCGCGCCCGCCCCCGCCCCCGCGCCGCCCGCGCCCGGCCCGCACGACCCCAUCACGCAGAUCCUCAGCAUCCAGACGGACGUGCUCAACCUCAUGAGCGAGGUGGAGAACUUCACCGGCUCCAAGCAGGACAAGCGGUACCUGUUCCUGGACGAGAUGCUCACCCGGAACCUCAUCAAGCUGGACAACAUCGAGACGGAGGGCAAGGAGAACAUCCGCCUCGCGCGGAAGGAGGCCAUCAAGUGCAUACAGAAGUGCAUCGCCGUGCUCGAGGCCAAGGCGGAGCAGGGCUCGGCCGCCGCGCGCGCCCAACAGAACGGCACUGAGACCGCAGAGACCAAAGAGGAACAAACCAGCGACGCGCCUCCCGCCGCGCCCGCGCCCAGCCAGGACCCGCCCCCCGCCGCCGACCCACAACCCACAGACACUAGCAAAGACAAGGACGCUAACGCAGUAACUAAAGAUAGCAGUAAGAGUGAUGUCCAACAGAAGGAAGCGGAAACGAUGCAAGUGGACGAUAAGGGAGACUCGCAAAACACACAAAUGGAGGUGGACGGUGCUGCAGCUAGUCAAUAAAUUAGUGUGCUUAUACCUUGUAGAUACACGUAAUUCACGCACGCGGGGCCUAGUGCCCGCGGCCACUGGUGGUGAGGCGAGUAAGAAGAGCUAUGGACUAGCUGCGAACUGCAAGAAACAUCUCAGCACUUCAGUGGACGUCGGGUGCAUUUUAUAUUCAACCUUUCCUCAAUCUAAUUUUGUGCAUCAAUAACAAAGGUGUUGACCAUGUAUAGUGUUUAUGUUUGUACAUUUUAUGUUUAAUGUUUAAAAAAGAGCUGAAAGGAUGUUGUUGUCCUUUGGAAUUGAAGUGGUCUUAAUGAAAUCCUUAUUUAAGUAAUUUAUUGUUUAUCAGAGUACUUGAUAACACAAUUUUCUCAAUAAAUAACGACUCCUUAAA